AUGGUCCGUUCUUUUGUUGGAGGGCUCGAGUUGAUUGUUAGCCUUCUCAAAUCAAACAACCUUGAGGUUUUGGCUUCCGUGUGUGCAGCAAUUGCAAAAAUUGCCAACGAUGAAGAAAAUUUAGCUGUUAUCACAGACCAUGGGGUUGUCUCCCUGCUAGCCCGUCUAACCGACACGGUGGGUACGAUUUCUAGUGCUUAA